UAGACCCCGCCCCACCUUCCUCAGUCCGAAGAUCAUCGCCGCCGACGCCAGUCGGCGCGCAUGGUCGUACCUUUAAAACUACGCUCGGCGCGUUGGUGCGCCGAAUUUCGCCGCUGACAGUCGACUGUUGUACCCGAAGAUGGACACCCGAGCGAUUCUCCACAACUACACGUACGUGUUCGACUUCGAGAACGAGUUCGUCCACCAGAAGACGCGGACCUGGAUGCAGGACAAUUGGACCGUCGGGUUCUACCUGGUCGGCCUCUACGUCCUGUUCAUCUUCCUUGGUCAACGCUGGAUGAAGCCCAAGGCUAGGUUCGAGUUGCGAGGACCGCUCACCGCUUGGAACAUGCUACUGGCCCUUUUCAGCAUCGUGGGUGCUUGUAGGACCGUACCCGAACUCAUCCACACCCUCCGGUACCACGGCAUCUACAACACCAUCUGUCUACGGGCCUAUAUCGAGGACGACAAAGUGUCCGGCUUCUGGACGUGGCUAUUCGUCCUCAGCAAGGUACCCGAACUAGGCGACACCGUCUUCAUAGUGCUGAGGAAGCAGCCGCUCAUCUUCCUCCACUGGUACCACCACGCGACCGUCCUCUUAUACUCGUGGUUCAGCUACACCGAGUACACCGCGAGCGCCAGAUGGUUCGUGACCAUGAACUACUGCGUGCAUUCGCUGAUGUACGGGUACUACGCGCUGAGGUCGAUGGGGUUCAAGCCGCCUAGAAGGAUCGCGAUGCUGAUCACGACGCUGCAGCUGUCUCAGAUGGUGAUGGGGUGUUACGUGAACUUGCUCGCGGGGCAGUACCUGGACAAGGGGGCGGUGUGCCACACCACGCCCCUGAACAUAAAGCUGUCGCUGUGCAUGUACUUCAGUUACUUCGUGCUGUUCGCGCGGUUCUUUUACAAGGCGCACAUGCUAGGCGGUGCCAGGCAGAAACGGAAGGCGGCGUGAGCAGGGGGCGGUCGCUCCCCCCCCCCCCAUUGUGAUAUUUAAUUUUCGUUGUUGACAUGUUAUUUAUUAUUAAAGGUACCGCGUUAGCUG